UAACCACUAUGUCACGGCGCCGGACUAUAACACUACUUAUUUUUUCUUUUCUCCCUACUCGCUCAUAGGAAUAGGUUGUUUGCUUUUCACUCGGCGUCUAUGGUAACGCUUGAUCUCGUGUAACAAUGUGAGUACGCUUGGAUAAUACAGUAGCUACCAGUAUCAGAUUGCUUAUCAGGUCAAUUACUGUCACUGUGAGUGGCGAGUGAAAAGAUUUAAAGCUUUGAUUAAAGGAUAAUUAGAGCAUAUAGUAAGAUGCACAAGACGGAUAAAAAAUUAGAAUGGGCAGGCAGGCUAGCAGCGUUGUUAUUAAACGACGCAACGGAUACGCUUCGGUGGUUUCUAUUGGAAAAUUUACCGAGAAGCGGUAACUGCUGUGAAUCAGAUCUCAAUAAAAUACUGCAAGAAAACAAACAACUGUUCAUUAAACUUCGGGAUAACACGGAAUCCACUAAGGUAAUAAACAAUGAGAUGUUUGAUAUUUUAUUCCCGGAAGAUGGAAAUGAAAUAAAUGUCGCUGAUUUAGAAAUCCAACUCAUCUUCGUUUUAAUCCGAUUUUUAUGUAAAUUGCGUUCUCCGUCGUGGGAUUGGUGGAAUGUCGAACCACGUGAUCAUCAGACCAGUCCAUUGUAUGACGUCAUCAGAGUUGUGAGAUUCAAAGAACAAAUAAAGAGCAUUGUUCAUGAUUAUGACAUAACAGAAGAAAUUUUCCAAUCUAAAUGGUGCUAUAUUACGUCGAUUUUAGAUAAACUCGAAUGCUAUAAAUUGUCCGCGAGACGUUGGAAAGAUGACGUAUUCGUUUCUGAUGACGUCAUAUGUGUUUUUACCAAACUGACAGAAACCAUGAGGUGGCAUACUUUGGAACUCUCAGAACGAGAUUUGAUUUAUCUAAAUCAAAAGCAAAGUAGGAUACUUAAACUUACCGAGGGAUGCUUGAACGUGGAAACCUUUUCCGAGUUUAUCGGGAAGUUUGGUCAACGGAGAAAAUAUAAUUUGGCAAAUUUGAACAAUUCAAAACAGUUGAAAAUGUUGGAUGAAAAGCAAGAAACGUCACGCGUAAUAUCUGAAACUGAAUUAGGUAUUGCGGAAACUCUAAAUUCUUGUUUGGUCAAACAUAACGGGCAGUUACCAUGCAAACAGGAAGCAGUGCAUGGCCGAAGUGAGCAUCAACUGCUUAAAUGUGGAAUAUCCAAAAUAUGCCCAGUGGAAAUCGAUGACAGCGUGUUCAUUGGUGCCGGUCGAGAGGAAAAUGAAAAUGUUCAAUCACUUCAAGCAUUAUUUCGUGAGUUCUACAUAUCUCGUAAUAGUGAAGUAAUGCCUAUGGCGUCGCAUCACAAUAUACGGGUAAAAAUGGAUGAUGUACGAAUCAACGUCGGUAAAAUAGGAAGAUCGCAAAAUACGACAAUAAUUCGCGAUGUCCCAUUUUACCAUCCGGAGAUUAACACUUUGGAAAGUUGGAGGAAUAUGUUGAAUGAAGAGAAACCUCUUAGGGUUUUGGUCGAAGGCGAAUGGUCCUCCGGGAAAACAACUAUGAUGAGGAAGAUAGCACAUGAUUGGGCUACAAUUAAUUCUACCCAACUAAAGGAUUUUCAACUUGUGUGCUAUGUCGAUUUAUCCACAGUUUGUGUUGAUGAACCAUAUACGUCUCUAAGUGAAUGUGUGGUGGAUCAAUGCGAAACAUUUCAGCAUUCAGCUUAUUGUUAUGAUGAUUUGGAGCAACAUUUCAUUGAAACCAACGGAGCUGGUACAUUGUUGCUGCUCGAUGGCGCAGAAAGGCUUCAUGAUGUCACCACUGACGCAAUGUCGGAGAUAUGUGACGUCAUCAUUGGAGAACGAUGGCGCUAUAUGUCUGUAAUUAUGACAACAGCUUUGUGUUCUUGUAACCUCAUCAAAAGUGAUUUAAACCAAAAUGUUUAUCACAUCAUUAACAAGUCAAAGUAUCAAUGGCAACGUUACGCAAUGGUGACGUCAUUAAAUAGUGACGUCAUAGCUCGUGUGAGAAAUUACUUCCAAGAAGACAACGAAGUAGCAAACCCAGAGGUAUGUUCGCAGCAAUUUUUAAACUGCCUCAGAAUAUUCCAGCGUGAUGUGUACGCGGACGUUAUGGUGUCACCGACAUUGCUCUACAUGCUGGCACAUUACUGGAGAACGAAACAAAAGGAAGCGAAACCGACGCUUCCAGAAAAAUUAAGUGAUGUCAUACAUUAUAUCUUUAAAAGCCACGAAAUUUCAAUGGACACAUUUCGUCGGGAAUUCUUUCGCAAAGUACUUGAUCGAACGUUGGUUGGAGAUAGCUGUAACCUAUUCCAGGUUAAGUCCCUACAAGAACGCGAUUGGAGUUCGCUACUUGAAGGUCCUGUCUUUCUUAAACACCAGACAGGCACCCAGAUUAAAGGGAUCAAAUUUUCGCACGUGUUAUACGAAAACUACGUCGCAGCAAGGUGUUUGGUUGAUAUGUGUAAAGAUGACACAGGGCUCUGCAUGAAAAUGUUAACAUCUCACAUCUCAUGCCUGUCCAGCGUCAUGCGGUUACGUCAUUUCCUUAUUUUCUGUUGUUAUUUGAACUCUGAUGUUGGUGAAAUCAUUGUCAAUUAUUUAUCUUCAUUACUUGAGACUUUGAAAACAUCGUUAGAAAACUCAGGUAAAUACGAAUCUCUACAAGAAGCCACAAAGAAUAUUUGUAUUCAGUGUUUUCACGAGUUGCAGACCACACCUGCUACCACACAAUUCCUCGCAACAAUACAAGAUUCUAAAUCUGAUUUUUCGGCCAAUAAAAAACAUGAACAAAUUGAUAGAAUAGAUGGUCGUGUUCUUAAAUUGAGCGACGUUCGAUUUUUAUCUUACAGAACUCAGCAAUCUCUUUUAUAUCUAACCAGUCAAUGUAACCCAAAACUUUCACGAUCUGGUAUGGUCAGGUAUUUGCUGGAUUCUGACUUGUUUUGGAUACGUUGUCUAAAUUUACACGGAGCAAAAGGUCAACAGAUGUUCUUAAUUUCUCAUAUACUACGCAACUUGCCCUUCGUAGAAGAAGUUCAUUUAACUGAAGUAAGAAACGUCACCGAUGCCAACGUUGAUCAGUUAUGUGAAGGUAUCGUCAGAAGUAGCCGUCACUCAAUUCCAGCAAUGCACAUGUUUCGUUUUACUCUCCACGCAGCCUCGCAGUAUCAUCGGUGCCAAAUAACGAGUUACUCAAAUCUUGGUAAAGCCAUUAAGUGCUUGAUCUACCUCGAUAAGUUAGAAUUAACCAUAGCAACAACGAAACUCCUUCUUUCAUUAUUUCAAGAUAAAAACAUUGAUUCAGCGAUUGAUGGGGAUCAAUCCCGUGCUGACCCUGUGGUUCCAAUAAGAAAACUCAACUUAGCAAUGUUUGGUUUGAGUAAAGAUGAUUGCACUGAACUUACAAACAAUUUAGAACGCUGCAUCUUCAUACAAGAUAUUGAUGUUUCGAAUAAUGAGUUGAAAUCUAGAUUCGGGUGGAUGUGCAAAAAGUUUUCUAAUUUUCGUUGUCUUCAGAAAUUGAAUGUGAGUUCAGCUUGUCUUACACCAUCAAGUGUUGUACAGCUUGCGCACGCUCUCUGCCGGCCGGAAAUAGCAAACAGUUUGCUGCAUUUAGACGUCAGUCAUAACAAUGUACAAUGUAAAGAUUCAAUGGGUGAAUUAACAAAUACAAUCAAAGUCUUACCUCGACUUGAAUAUCUAGACCUAAGUAACAAUUAUGUUGGCGACACAUCUGCAUGCUCGUUAGCACAUGGUCUUGGAGUGAAUGGGGCUGUUGAGAUACUGAAGUUGGAUUGGGUUCAAAUCGGCAAUGUUGCAUUCUCAGCACUUCGCUACCACUUGGCCGAUUCCAACUUAAAGGAACUAUCGUUGGAGGGGAAUUACCUAGGCUGCGAAUCGAACGACUGUUUCAUUCAUUAUUGUGAAGCAUCGGCGGAUUGUGUGGGAAAAGAAAUGUUUCCUAACUUAACUUCGUUAAACCUUUCAGGUAUCAGCGCCAACCUUGCCACCAAACCAUCUCAUGGUUCAGCUCUUGCAUUGGGCAGGUUCAUAGAUUCAGCACAUAAUUUGGAAUCUAUAGAUUUACGUCACGUCUUUUUGCAAACAGAACAUCUGAUAGACAUUCUAAACAGGUGUACUCAUCACACAAAGUUUAAGAACUUACGUUCGUUUCAGAAUUAGUCAAUCAUUAUGUGGUUUGACCGAAGAAGAAGCCUCGAAGUGGAAAUGUUUAAAGUUGGUUCCAUGAGACUUCAACAUAUACAACAUGCAAUGGAUAAACCACAACAUUUAUCUUGCUUCUCUCCGUCUUCCACGAGCCGAAGGAUAAUUGUGAUGGCAGCUGACAUUAAUAAGUGGUGGAUGGAAUGAACAAAAGCAUAAUUCCAACUGUUUAGAGAAUAAUAUCCCGCAAUUACAACAUGCUAGGUUUUAUAAGCAUUGGUAUAGUUCUACAUUAAACAUAUUGAUGUUGUUAAAAUCAUACAGCGUCAAUAGUUCGAUCAAUAAAAGUAUAACGUUUUACCUGUUUUGAAAAACACAAAGUAGAAGUAGAGAAACAGCUCCAAGUGCAAACGAUGGUAAAAUUAUCUUCAACCAUUUCUCUUUAUCCGGAUAUAAAGCCUUGGAUCGGUACAUUUCUUGACCCUGUGUUUGAAACGCGAUAAUAAACGAAUGAAUGUAA